AUGGGCUUCCCCCAGGAAAGGCUCUUACUGCUGCCAUUGCUUCUACUGACUGGUAUCCAGCCUGGGACCAGCCUUGACACCAUCGAUUACGUGCCGGCCAUCACCAAGCAGCCUCUGGAGGGGAGCAUCACGAGCUCCACGUUUGCUCUGGAGCAGCCCCGUGGCCAGUUCAGCAGCUCCAGCAUCCGUGACUCCGAUGACAUUUGGCUCGUGGUGGCCUUUAGCAGUGCUUCCCAGAACUUUGACCCCCCCCAGUCGCCCCGAGACAUACCCCACGCUUCGACGUUCCUGGAUAAAAAAUACUACAUGACGAUUCGGGCCAGUCGGGAGCUCUACUCGGAUAAGGAGAGCAGCCCAGGCAUCCGCGUCCUCAGGGUGGGCAACGAGACCAAUUGCACUGCGAAUGACUGCAACCAACCUCUGCCGGGUCCUGGUCCUUACAAGUAA